GUUAUCUGUAUCGUUUAAGUAAAGGAUAUUCGCAUUGCUAAAUUCAAUGUACAGUGUGCUGUUUGACAGCGUGGUGACGUAACUUCCUGGCAAUACCUGAACGCAGCAUCGCUCCCUCGUCUCAACAUUAGCAAAAGUGAUAGCUAGCUUCAAGCUAUGAAACAAAACGAGUAUUAUUUAUAUCUGCGGGGAAGAUGAGUUAUACAAACAAAAUGCAAAGCUUCUUAAUAUCUGCUGAUAUGUUGGAUCUCUAACCCGGUAUCAUGAUUGUGUCAGCCUCCCCUCAACUUUCGGCUUCUUAGCUGAAAAUUAGCAUGUAUGAAAACUAUGGUCUAAAGACGCCUGAAAGUUUUUAAGAAUGCCUUGAUGGGACGUUCGUUGACUCCUUUGGGAUUAUUUAGUGAAGUUUGUUUUUAUUUUUUUUAUCCUUUUUCGUGGCCAUGGCGAGCUACUUAGCUUCCAAAAUGGGAUUUAACUCUCUGGUGAGAAAGCAAAACAGGAGCUUCAACGUGAGGAUCUGCACUAUGGAAUCGGAUAUGGAGUUCAGCUGCGAGAUGAAGUGGAAAGGGAAGGAGCUUUUGGAGUUGGUCUGCAGAACUCUAGGGCUGAGGGAGACCUGGUUCUUUGGCCUCAGGUACGACGUCAAGGACACGGUUGCCUGGCUCAAAAUGGACAAGAAGGUAAUAGAUCAGGAGGUUCCCAAAGAGGAGCCCAUCACCCUCCACUUCCUGGCCAAGUUCUACCCGGAGAACGUCGAAGAGGAGCUGGUGCAGGACAUCACGCGGCACCUCUUCUUCCUGCAGGUGAAGAAGAAGAUCCUGGAAGAGGAGAUCCACUGUCCUCCAGAAGCAUCGGUAUUGUUGGCCUCCUACGCCGUACAUGCCAAGUAUGGUGACUACAACCCAAACGUUCACAAGCCCGGCUUUUUGGCUGAGGAGGAGUUACUGCCUAAAAGGGUGAUCAACUUGUACCAGAUGACGGCAGAAAUGUGGGAGGAGAGGAUCGCGGCGUGUUAUGCCGAGCACAGGGGUCGGACAAGGGAGGAAGCAGAGAUGGAGUAUUUGAAGAUCGCUCAGGACCUAGACAUGUACGGUGUCAAUUACUUCUUAAUCCGGAAUAAAAAGGGAACAGAUCUGCUUCUGGGUGUGGACGCCCUGGGCCUGCACAUCUACGAACCGGACAACAGGCUGACGCCAAAGUGCUCGUUCCCCUGGAAUGAGAUCCGCAACAUCUCGUACAGUGACAAAGAGUUCACCAUCAAACCUCUUGACAAGAAAACCAAUGUCUUCAAGUUCAACUCUUCGCGACUGAGAGUCAACAAAUUGAUCCUCCAGCUUUGCAUUGGCAGCCAUGACUUGUUCAUGCGCAGACGCCGUGUGGACUCCCUGGAGGUGCAGCAAAUGAAGGCCCAGGCCAGGGAGGAGAGAGCCAGGAAGCAGAUGGAGAGGCAGCGGUUGAACCAGGAGAAGCAGCGCCGGGAAGAAGCGGAACGUGUCCGAGACGAGCUGGAGAGACGACUCAUUCAGCUUCAGGAUGAAGCUCACAUGGCCAACGAAGCCUUGUUGCGUUCGGAGCAGACGGCGGACCUUCUGGCCGAGAAGGCCCAGAUCGCUGAGGAGGAGGCCAAGCUGCUGGCCCAGAAGGCGGCCGAGGCGGAGACGGAAAUGAAGCGCAUCAAGGUUACGGCCAUGCGGGGCCACGAGGAGAGGAGGCUCAUGGAGCACAAGAUGGUGGAGGCCGAGAGGAUGGCUCUCAAGAUGGCAGAUGAGUCAGAACGCAGCGCCAAGGAGGCGGAACAGCUGAAGCGCGACCUGCUGGAAGCAAGGCAGUCAGAGCAAAGGGCCAAGCACAAGCUCCUUGAGAUCACCAGCAGAGUAUACACGUACCCCGCACAGCCGGUGGACUGCAUGCCUCCCGAGCUGAGCUUCAGCAGAGAGAACCUGAGCUUUGACUUUAAAGACACCGACAUGAAGCGACUCUCCAUGGAGAUUGAGAAGGAAAAGGUAGAGUACAUGGAGAAGAGCAAGCACCUCCAGGAGCAGCUGAAUGAGCUGAAGACUGAGAUUGAAAGCCUGAAGCUAAAGGAGCGCCAGACCCCACUGGAUGUGGUCUAUGACCAAAACUCAGAGCAGGGAGCAAGCAAGCACAGCAACUUCAAGAAGUUGACGCUACAAAGCACCAAGUCCAGAGUGGCCUUCUUUGAGGAACUCUAAGCAAGUCUUCUCUGAUCAUUCUACACCUAUUGGAAGAAAAAAUAAAGUCCACUACUGCGGCAUCUUCAGGGGCCUCAAAGACAUAAAAAUCAUGGAUGUUGUGUGAUAUCUGGGAUUCAUAUAUAAAUAUAUAUUCUUAUUUUUAACGAUGCUGCUUUUGUGUUAACUGAUGUUGAAGAAAAUAAAAAUGAAAAAAUAUCAUGCAAAAGGAAUGGUCUGUGGGGGGAAAAAAAUCUUUUGUUGUUUUCCAAAUACUUUUGCCCCAUAAAAACAUGCUACUUACUUGUGUCUAGUGGUGCGUACUGCAACUGACAGCAAAUAAAACACAAAAAAAGACCCUAAUAUAAAAGCUUAUGAUAAAAGUCAUCUUCACAAUAUAUUCCAGAAUGCUGUGUGAUUUGAAAACUUUUCCCAUAGAAAAGUAGGCGUGGCAUCUGAAUUUGCUGAUGUUUUUUUUUUUUUUUUUUAAUCAUUUUAUGUUUUUAAAGAAACUUUCAAGCAACAGUCAAGCAAAUGCAAACAAACUUUUCCAAAAUUGUUCUUCAGAGGGGGAAAAAAUAAAAUUCACCAGAUCGAGUUGUAAAAAUGAUUAAAAUCAUCUAAAUAAUCUGGCCUUGGAUUAUAAAACAGUUUUCAAUCGUUUCUCAGGUACAAGCUGUAGAUUUAUUACCUAAAUAAAUUAUUAAUCUAAUCUGACAAACUACAGAUAUGCAAAUACAUGCAGAAUUGCCAUAAGUACAAUAGAAAUUCUUGUUAACUCUUUAUUCUCGUUAACAAAUAUGAAGAAAAUUACAUGAAGGCGCACUUUGUUGAUUUCUGCAAAAACAAACAAUUCUGUUACACAUCUCCAGUGAAUAUCACAACCAUUUGAAAUACAGAUUUUUCCCAAAAACAUCAUUUUCAUUCAAAACGUUUCAAUGUUCAUUGGUAAGCCACGCGGAGGAAACAAAUACCAUAUCUAUGACCUAUUUUGUCUAAUAAAGCAUUAACUAGCAAACACUAUUAGUACCAUUAUCUUUAACUGUACAUUGUACAUACUGUAUACUAAUAUGUUCAUGUCUGUGCACACGCGUUUAUAAACUCUCUAAA